AUGAGGUCCAAUGGCGCUUCCGCAUUGCUGAACGCCUUCCAGGGGCUGAAGAUUUCCGCAUGCACCCCUUUGCGACAGCUGAGGGCCCCGAUUCAGCCCCAGUCCAAGGUCCUAAGCGCCGCUCAGCUGCUCCAGAAUGGCAGAGCCUUUUCCACAAGCCCGGCCAUGAUGGGCACAUGGCUCGAGCCUAGCUUGAACCGAAAGAAGAAGAUGGCAAAGGGACGGCCGCGAGUAGCGACGGGAGGGUCUACGAAGGGCACAACCGUGAUUUGGGGCGACUACGGACUGCGAAUGGUUGACCACCACCGAAGAAUCAGCGCCAAGUCGCUAAAGAUGGCCGAGGAUACGAUUAAAGUGCGGCUUCGAGGAGAAAAAUAUCGACUUUACAAGAGGAAGUGCUGCAAUGUCGGUGUCUACGUCAGCGGUAACGAGAUGCGAAUGGGUAAAGGAAAGGGUUCCUUCGACCACUGGGCUACCAGAAUGGCAGUCAGCCAAGUCUUGUUUGAGAUCAAGGGCCGAAUUCACGAGCAGAUCGUCCGAGACGCGUUCCGGUUGGCUGGCAAUAAGCUGCCAGGCCAGUGGGAAUUUGUGAAGAAGGGGGAUGCUCCCGUCGUUGGAAUUACAAAGCUGGACGGUGUCACACUGGAGGAUCUGAAGAGACCAAGAAGGCAGAUUGCCCCUUCAGAGCUUGUUGAGGUAUCAACUUCUACAACUACCGCUGAAGCUGGAAACACAUCUGCGCCGUCUGGGUCAUCAUAAGCAUCAAGUUAAAUGCUGUGUACCAUAAGAAUAUUUGUAUAUAAAAUAAAAGCCUCCUGACGAAGAAAGAAAAAUAGAAAGAAAUAACGAAC